GACGGGUGUGCAGUGUUUUAACUCUGAAUAUCAUGGAUCCCAUAUACGACUUCGUGUCAGCUCGCACACAGCCUAUGUACACCCUUGGUGUAACGUUGUUCACAGGUUCAUGUUGUGGCCUUCUGUGCACGUUAGCGGCCAUAUUGGCGGCCGUCAUUGAUCGGCGUUCUGACGUACAAAAACUCAUUGAUCAUCCUCCAGUGGCUAAGGACGAUAGCAAAAAAGAAGAAUCGAAGUUUAUCCGUAUAUCUGAUGUAAGGCGAUUUCCGUCCAUAUUCUGGCUUAUUGCCAUCAGCUCCGCUCUCUUCUACCUGCAGCUUUUCCCCUUCGUGACACAGGGAGAGCUGUUCUUUGCAACGAAGUAUUCAAGAAGUCCGAAAGAGGCAAAUACGAUAAACAGCAUGGUUUACAUGGUUGGAGCGGUUUCGAUGCCGCUGUUCGGUGUUGCCAUCGACAGAGUGGGUCGUAACCUGUACUUCCUGAUGACCGGCCUCGUCCUGGGGCUGACCAGCCAUAUCAUGAUGACCUUCACCUUUGUGGAGCCGUACGUAUGCACGGUGAUUCUUGGUCUAGGAUACUCCUUGGUAACCACCACAUGUUGGCCCCUGGUGUCCUACGCGGUCCCUCUGAGGUACCUCGGCACUGCGUUCGGAAUCAUGGGCACCAUUAUUUCUGUGGGGCAGGCCAUUGAUACGUAUUUUGUUGGCUUCAUCGUGGACACUGCCGGCUAUCUGGUCCUUGAAGUGUUCUUUACCAUGUGCGUCAUCUGUUCAAUGAUAGCAGCUGCGUUGUUGUAUUUACGGGACGCGUCAACAGGUGGCCUUCUGAAUCUAAGUACAAAACAACGUGCAGUUUUUCUCAAGCAACAUGUGUGAGACAGACUAUGUAGAAAACGUUCAGAUUUGUUGUGAGAUUUUCAAUUUAAUUUGAUUAAAUUUCGGCGUGUUA